UUUGCUUUCAGGGGAGGAGGAGGGGGGAUGGGGAACGCCACCGGCUGCGUGGGAAUCACCUCAUCCCCCCUACCGUAGGGUCAUAGUGGGGGAGGGUGCAUUCCACUGAUCCUUGGCUCAGGUAGAAACGCCCAUUUCCUGCACGUCAGCUGAUUUCCAGCCAAUGAACUGCUAGCAAGAUCUCAGAACAGCCAAUGAUAUUUGAGAUUUGGUUGUAAGGCGGGGAUACACUGGCAGUAGAGUCUGGUAGACUCUCACAGCUGUAGCGCGCCCUUUUUGACGUAAUCGGCGCCACUGCGGCCUAACUUUGGCGCCGGAUUUCAUUCUUCUUCCACCGCUUGUUGCGAUCGGGUCGGCUUGUUCAAAUUUACAAAGACAUCUUUACAUACAAAUUUAUUAUAAUGGCUCCCACUAUCAGAGAGAAGCUGGGUGAAUUGAGUCUUUCAUCUGUUGAAGCCAAAGAAAAUCAGGCAUUGAAAGUAGUAAGCAGCCCUACAAAGAAGGCCUUGCAAUCUGGAAAUGCCAAAGUACUCAAGAGUCCAAAGAAGGCUGCGCCCAAGCCGGCCCAGGCAGCCAGCGUGGAAGAUGAACCCCUGCUCCGGGAGAACCCGAAUCGGUUCGUCAUUCUCCCGAUCAAGUACAACGACAUUUGGAAGAUGUACAAGAAGGCCGAGGCUUCGUUCUGGACCGCUGAAGAGGUGGACUUGUCGAAGGACCUGGACGACUGGCAGGGUCUCAAGGACGAGGAGCGCUACUUCAUCUCUCACGUGCUGGCCUUUUUCGCCGCUUCGGACGGUAUUGUGAACGAGAACCUGGUGGAGCGGUUCAGCACCGAGGUGCAGGUGCCCGAGGCGCGCUUCUUCUACGGCUUCCAGAUCGCUAUGGAGAAUGUGCACUCUGAGAUGUACAGCCUGCUGAUCGACACAUACGUCAAGGACCCGCAGGAGAGGCAUCACCUGUUCAACGCCAUCGAGACUCUGCCCUGUGUCAAGAAGAAGGCCGACUGGGCGCUCAACUGGAUCUCGCACAAGACGGCCACCUUCGGCGAGCGCGUCAUCGCCUUCGCCUCGGUGGAGGGCAUCUUCUUCUCUGGCAGCUUCGCGGCCAUCUUCUGGCUGAAGAAGCGCGGCCUGAUGCCGGGUCUGACCUUCAGCAACGAGCUCAUCUCGCGGGACGAGGGCCUGCACUGCGACUUCGCCUGCCUGAUGUUCAAACACCUGGUCAACAAGCCCUCCCAGGAGCGGGUCACCCAGAUCGUGCGCGAGGCGGUCACCAUCGAGCAGGAGUUCCUGACGGACGCGCUGCCCGUGGCAAUGAUCGGCAUGAACUGCACACUGAUGAGGCAGUACAUCGAGUUUGUGGCCGACCGGCUACUCGUCGAGCUCGGAUGUCCAAAGGUGUACGGCUCGGAGAACCCGUUCGACUUCAUGGAGCACAUCUCGCUGGAGGGCAAGACUAACUUCUUCGAGAAGCGAGUAGGCGAGUACCAGAAGGCUGGCGUCAUGGACAGCAUCUCCAGCCCGGCGACGCGCCAGUUCACGCUCGAUGCCGACUUCUAGACUCGGCGAGCCGGUCGCCGCCUCCUUCCAACGCUGCCGUGUUGUGAAUAGAUGGUUUAUACCUGGUCUUGACAAAGGACCCGAUGUUUUAGACUGCCGUGACUGUGGUUGUGUCUGUGUCUGUCUGUGACUGUUUGAAGAGGGACCUAAUGUGUGGCUUGGGUCCAGUCUUCCAGUCGUGUGACUAUGUUCAGCCGAUCUUGUAGGCGACUUCUAGUUCAGCUGUGGCAUUGUGUUGCUGUUUGCAUUGAGAUACCCUUUGCGCCCGUGUACAAAGCGAAAGCUCAUAUUUAGACGAUACCUUCUACAAAAUAACUUGGUUUUAGCUUGGUGCGAUCGGCUGGCUUUUUCGGGCGACCUUUGUGUUUGCUGGUUAUAUUCCGUAGUUAUGAUCUCCAUUUUGGUUCUACUCUUAAGGGUAGAAUUUGUUUGUACUUAUCCAUAUCAGUUUUAUUCAAGCUGGCGUGUUUCUCACAGGCAGUGUUUUUAAGGUUUCCAGUGUGCUCAGCUUCAGCAAGCUUCCGUCCUUGGCUGCAGAUCAGUAGUAUAUAGUUUUAGCGUUGCUUGCGCUUCUCGAACAAAGACUGAAUGUGCGACAUAGUGGGUAUCCUGCCAACUUAAGCAUUGCCGGAUAGCGAUAUCGUCCAUUCUCUUCGAGGCGUUCAUGAUCACAAGCUUUGUACAUAGUUUGCAAAUACUGUCCACAGACGAAUACAUGAUAUGUUUAUU